UAACACAACAGAUCUUCCAACCAAUUACAGAAUGAUGAAUCUUAAGAGUAACCAAUAAUAGAAGUCCUUGACAAUGAAGUUUCUUCGUUUUACUUUUCCAUUUCCAUUUCCAUUUCCCAACCCUCAAAGGUCAAAAGUCUUUACUGUCCAAACAACGUACUUGCCUCCAAUUUCACUCAAAUCUAAAUUCUCUCUGUGAUUUACCCUUCAAUAAGGAAAAAUGGCAGUUCAAUGGGCUUUAGUAUGCCAUGGCAUAAUCACAAUGUUAAUAUUAGUCUCCUUUAUUUGUGGGCAAUGGCCAAUUUUUCAGGGCACUUUCAUUGAACGCAUUCACAAUUUCAUCACUUUUGGUGCCUAUGAAUAUUUCUUGAAAUUUGUGGGGUGGGUUUGUGGAGAUCGAGCCAUGAAUGCAGUUUUAUCUGUUGAGUAUUACUGCUGUUAUCGUUCUAAUCCUACACUUCAGAUCAUAUACCUCGGAAUACUUUCAACAACGUAUUACUUUAUUGUGACAUCCUCAUUUGCUUACAUCCCUAAUUAUUAUUUGGGUGAAGUUCAUAGGUACAUAAGCAUAUUGGCUGUUGGUGUAGGUGUAGUGCUUUUUUUGCUCACGAGCUUUUCUGAUCCUGGAACCGUGACUGCCAAAAACGUAUACCAGUAUAUCUCCGUUUAUCCCUAUGAUAAUGUUAUAUUUUCAGAGAGAGAAUGUUCUACUUGCAAAAUUCUGAAACCUGCAAGAUCCAAGCACUGCAAUGUGUGUAAUCGUUGUGUAGCUCGAUUUGAUCAUCAUUGUGGAUGGAUGAAUAAUUGCAUUGGAGAAAAAAACACUAGGUACUUCAUGGCUUUUCUCUACUGGCAUUUCUGUCUUUGUUUAUAUGGAACCGUAGCGAUUAUUUUGAUUCUUGCUAGUCGGUUAAAGGAGUUGAAAGUAAUACACAUUUUGACAGUUUACUAUAAUGUCGAGAAUUCUUUUAAAGGGUUAGCUCCACAUGUCGUCCAGUGGUUGUUGAGCUCCUAUAACACUCAAAUACUUCUGAUGGUGUUUCUUGCCAUUGUCUCUAUGCUCAUGGCCGCCUUUUUCGGCUAUCACGCCAAACUGUGUCUUACAAAUACCACCACAAAUGAGACAUACAAAUGGCAAGAUCAUCGGAACCUUCAAAUGAAGAUAAAUGAAGCUAAAGCGAGUGCCUCAGCGCUAAAGGCAAGUAUUAAUGGUCUAACCCCUGAAAGCACCCCUCCCGAAAGCAAAUGGAAAUCCUUCUUCAAAAGGUCGCCUCUGAAAGACGCAGAAGUGGUGGUAAAGAAAAAUGCUUACGACAAAGGGAUCAUCCACAAUCUUUGCGAGGUCAUCUUUCCCUUCUCUACAAGAUCCUCAUUCAGACAAGCUAAAAAAAAGUCUCGUUGAUUUCGUAUUCAUUCCAUUUGUGCAAUCUGAUCUCUCUAUGACGUUCACAAUUUACCCAACCUUUUUAGCUCAGACAGCAGCAUUAUUUCGGGGUUAGUGUGAUCAUGGUGGCGGCUCUAGCGCGGAUGAACCAUAUUGUAUCAGUUGGUGCAUCAUUCUUUGGUUAUUAGGCAUGUAUACAAAUUAAGUUAUACAUAGAUUCUCAUUGUAUUAUCCUCCCAUUUUUAAGUGUUUGAUUCUGGUAAUAGAACCAAAUGAGUUUAUACAGUAAAAUAUUCAUCUUUGCAUAGUCAAACAUGGAUCAACAUAGCCAUUGAAAUAUUUGCCCAAUGACUUGAAAUCUAUUAUUCCGUUUUUUUUUUAA